AUGAAGUGGUUCAAAGGUUCGAUCCCGGACGCGAUCCUGGAGGCGAAGCGGCGCGGACGGGUGUUCGUGGUGCUGAUCACGGGGGACGACCCUCAGUCUACAGAGCUUCUCUCCACGUGGGACGAGCCGCGAGUGACUGAGGCGGCGGAGGGCUGCGUGGCCAUCAAACUGGACUGCAAGAGUGAGGCCUGUACGCAGUUCUCUCAGAUCUACCCGGUGGUGUGCGUUCCCUCCAGUUUCUUCAUCGGUGACAGUGGGAUUCCUCUGGAGGUCAUCGCCAGCAGCAUCUCAGCAGAAGAUCUGGAAAAGAAGAUCCAAGCAGUGAAGCAGAUGCACCAGGAGCAGACUGCAGGGGGCGCUGUCCCUCAAUCUUCAGUUCAGACUCUACCACAGACACCAGCAGCAGUGACCCCAGAGACAUCUGCAGCUCCCAGCAGCACAGAGACCAGACCACGGUCUGUGCAGAAGGCCCCUGAGAGUGAGUCUAAAGAGCAGGAGCGGCGUAAAUCAGGGAAAGAGCUGCAGGAGAUAAAGAGGAAACACGACGACGACCAAACGAAGAGACUGUUGGAGGAACGACAGAAGGAGAAGGAGGAGGAGAGGGUGGCGAGGGAGAGGGUCCGCCAGCAGAUCGCACUGGACCGAGCGGAGAGAGCCGCUCGAUACGCUCAGAAUGUUGUGGAGGAGACGGCAGCAAAGGAGGCAAGGAUCCAACAACAACUCCAACAGCAAGAGGAGAAGAAGGAGGAGGCGCUGAGGCUGAGGAGCUCUGUGUCCAGGCUGCAGUUCAGACUUCCAGACGGUUCCUCCAUCUCCUCCCAGUUUCCCGCUCAGAGUCCUCUGAGGGAGGCGCAGCAGUUUGUCCAACAGGAGGUGGGCCGCUCCUACGGGGACUUCUCCAUGGCGACCAUGUUUCCUCGCAGAGAGUUCACAGAAGAAGAUCUGGACCGAAGUCUGAAGGAUCUGGAACUGGUGCCAAGCGCCUCCAUCGUCCUGCUGCCGGGUCCGUCCCGCUCCUCCUCCCUGGCCUCCUCCUCCUCCUCCCUCUGGUCUCUCCUGGGGACUCUCUUCUGCCCCCUGCUGACAGUGUGGAGGAUGAUCAGCUCCUUCGUCUUUGGCUCCAGUUCAACUGAAGCGUCUCCAAGCGCCGCGCCCACACCAGCUCACAGUCAGAGUCGGGACAAACCCAAGAAUUUCAAGAAAGAUGGAAAAAUCUGUCGUCUGCGAACGCAAGAGGACAGUGAGGACGAAAACAACACGUGGAACGGGAACAGCACCCAGCAGCUGUGA